GUUUUAAAGUGCUGAUUUCCUUCCAGCUCCUAUAAUCGCGCAGGUAUCUGUGGUGGAGGCGUUCAACUAUCCAGAUACAAACAACAAGGUUUUUUAUACCGAGUUUGCGCUCCGGAAAUGGCCAGGUCAUGGCGUUCAGUGCCACUUCUCUGCCUGUUUUGUUUCGUUAUAUGGUGUGUGUUUGAAGCUGGAGCCAAAUCAGACUACUCUGUAUCCCUCCAAAGGCACAGGAGAGAAUGGAUUGUCCCUCCACAAAUUUUGGAGGAGAAUGUAGACUACACUAAAAAGCCCUUUAUUGCCAGGAUUCGUUCAGACAAAACGAAUGAAAGUCAGGUCCCAUUAAGAUAUGCUUUAAAGGGCAUCGGUGCAGACAAGCCACCCUAUAACUUGUUCAUUGUGGACCCUUCCACUGGCAACGUUAAAGUAACUGGGAUCCUGGACCGAGAGUUCAUUUCCCAGUACAAUCUCUCUGGAAUUGCGAAGUACACUGAUGGAUCAAUAGCAGAGAAUGAAAUUCAGCUGAGAGUAAAGGUGCAAGAUCAGAAUGACAAUCCUCCCAUCUUCUUACCCAUCAGCACAGGAUCUGUGAAUGAGCUCAGCAAUAAAGGUACAACUGUAAUGAAAGUAACAGCAACAGAUGCUGAUGAACCUGGGAAUAUCAACUCUCAGAUCGUCUAUAAGAUUGUUGAUCAGAAGCCUCCAGGAGAGAUGUUUGAUAUUUAUCCGAAUGGAGAAGUGAUUGUUAGUAAUGAAAACUUGGACCGAGAGAAAGUUGACCAGUAUAAGCUUACUAUAAGAGCCUUAGACCUCAAUGGGGGUCGAGGUUGCAACACAGCGACAACAACAUUAACUAUUCAGAUCAAGGAUGUCAAUGAUAACAUCCCAGUACUGGAGCAGGACUCAUUUGAAGUCAGUGUUGAGGAGAACACAGAGAAUGUGGAGGUGAUGAGAUUGAAAGCCACUGAUCUGGACUUGCCAAACACUGAAAACUGGCAGGCUGUGUACACCAUUGUGUCAGGCAAUGGGGGUGGGCAUUUUAAUAUCGUCACUGAUCCAAAGACCAACGAGGGAAUCCUGAUGCUUGUCAAGAGUGUAGAUUAUGAGCAAGUAAAACUCAUGAAACUGGGCAUCAUUGUAAGUAAUGUGGCUCAGUUCUACCCAGGACAUAAGCCUUCAGGGAUACCUGGAUCUACAGGAAUGCUCGGUGGUGGUGGUGGUGGUGGUGGUAAAGUCUACACUAUGAAUGUUAAUGUAAAGAAUCAGCCUGAAGGCCCGAUCUUCAAUCCCAAAGUGAAGGCAGUUCCAGUUUCUGAAAAUGGAAAGAUGGUUGAUAUAAAAAAGGUCCUCACAACAUACACCGCUAUCGAUCCAGAUACAGGAUUACCUGCUCAUGGAGUCAAAUAUGUUAAAGGCUCUGACCAAGACAACUGGCUAUCCAUUGACGAGAAAACUGCUGAGAUCAAACUGAACAAAAUCCCAGAUCGAGAGUCUCCAUACCUAGUCAGUGGGACUUACAUGGCAGAAAUCCUCUGUAUUACUCAAGAUAUGCCCUUUAAAACAGCGACGGGCACUGUCGCCAUCCAGGUGGAGGACAUUAAUGACCACUGCCCUACUCUACCUGAUCCCACACAGACGAUGUGCACCACUCAGGAAGUUUUGUAUGUCACUGCAGAGGACAAAGAUGAUUUUCCAAAUGCAUAUCCCUUCACAUUCAUUGUCCUGCCUGAAGGGACAGAUGGAAAGUGGAGUGUGGAGCUCUUAAAUGAUACAACAGCCAUGUUGGUGCCCCAAGACACAUUGUGGCCAGGCCUUCUUCAGGUGACUCUGGAAGUUCGCGAUCAGCAGGGGAUGGCGUGUCCAGAUAAGCAGGUGUUAAAGGUGACUGUCUGCUCAUGUGAUGAAUCAGCAACAUGUGGCGCCAUUGCGGCUCAAGGAAAGAGCUCAGGCCUUGGCAGUGCCGGAAUUGGUUUGCUUAUCCUGGGACUCCUUGUGCUAUUACUUAUUCCACUCCUACUGCUGUUCUGUCAGUGUGGAGCAGCUUCCAUGAGCGGACCCUUCACUGACAUGCCUUUUGACACUAAACAGAAUCUGGUUUCCUACUAUACAGACGGUCAGGGAGAAGACCGGGAUGUGCCCUUCUUCCUGAGUGACACUGAUGGUCCUAGAAUGAUGCCAGGUGGCUUUUGGGCCAUCGACAGUGCAGCGAGUGGAGUUGCUGCCCUUGGAGCUGCAGGAGGUGCUGGUUACGUCAUCAAUAGAGGGCAAACCAGAAAUCAGAUUGAAAUGGCUUCUAUGAGUCAGGGAAUGAGCGGAUAUCUUGGGAUGACAAGGGAGGAGUUUUCCAUGUAUGACAGUGGACUGGGCCUUUCAAAAGACUUCUUCAACCAUUACUACCCACGUGGGCAGUGAAGGCGAGCUACAUCAUCGCGUGGGAGAUCGCAAAAGUGUCCAAGCCAUUUUCGGAGGGUGCAUUCGUCAAGGAUAAAUACGCAUCUGUUGGAAUCCAAUUUUUCUAUCAGUCAUUGCCACCAGAGUACCCAAUUAUCAUGGCCUUUGCCGGUAAAAUACUCUGUAUGUUCGGGACAACAUAUUUAUGUGAACAGGCAUUUUCAGUAAUGAAUAUUAAUAAAUCGAAACUGUGUAGUCGUCUGACCCAUGGACAUCUCAACGAUGUCAUGAAAAUGGCAACUGCCCAGAGUCUGUCCCCCAAUGUCGACAAGCUGGUAAAAAGUAAAAGACUUCUGGCUUCCACAUGUAAAAUGCAGCUGGUAUUUCUCCCCCAUGUAACCUUGUGCUGUGUGCUUGAGGGGGAAUAAACAGGAUGGGUGUGUGGAAAUAUAUGUGGGACUUGACCAGCAAAGUUAAUGUGCCAUCUGUAGUUUGUUUUUAUUGGUAUGUUCAGUCAUAUUUGGCUCUUUUAAACUAAUGCUACUGGAUAUUUAGUCACUUGACCUAUUGGUGGAAUUAUUUACCCUGGCACUUCUUUCUUUUGACUCGUUUAGGCCUACUUGCCAGUCGUUUUAAUUGGCCUAAUUAGGCCUAUGCAUUGACAUGUUUUUGAUGUGCAAGAUCAAUAAAUCUGAUCUAAGUCA